GCUUGCACUUUCCAAGGGCCGAGUUUCAAACGGGGGCCACCCAAAGGCUAUAUCCAUGCUAUUGAGCAACGAUGGCACCAGGUGGAAUGCAUCCUCGCGACCAUCAUGGCUUCUCCAAGGUCCCGCGACAUCGUCGCAGAUCUACGUCAAGAUCGUCUCGCUCGAGCAAUCCUAGACCGAGUCGAAGCAGGACCUUACGGUUCUGUUGGGCGUGGAGGGGCACAACAAGGCGGUGAAGGCUUAUACAGUACAAUCAUGACUCAGUCCGGUAUGGGUGAAGACAGUCGGUCGAAGCGUCAGUCAAGACUAUCUCGGGAAAUUGUCUCCAGCCAAGACACAGAGAUGUCGGCCCCUCCUACAGUCGAAUGGCAAGAGCAGCUGUAUCGCCGUCUUUCGGGCACCCCUGUGUAUAGCUCCCCGGUUACGCCAUAUUCAAAUGUUUCGUCCGAGCAUACCAGAUUCACGGACUGGUCCUCCAGUCAGCCUAGCCCUGCCCAUACAAGCAGGAGCAUACCUGCAACAGAUGGCGAGCCGUCCCGUAGGCGACGAAGGAUAGAUGGACCAACUCUAAAUCCGGCACACAACCGCCAGUCACAACAGCGACAUGACCCUGAAGAAAUCUACGAAGAAGACGAGUAUGGCGAAGCAGUCGAUGCGCUUGGACACCUCUCUGUCGACAAUAAUCAAGAGUUCCGAUAUCAUGGACGGUCUGCGGGUCUUCAUCUUCUCGCUGCGAGCGAUCGUACGGAUGACAGCCAAUCGAAGGAGAACGGCAUAUGGAAAUUCAACGUACCGCGACCACAAACUGAUGAAGAUUGUCACUGCCUAUCCUUCGACCAAGUCAGCGAUCGUAUCCAGCUUCCCGAUAUCGCCACUCAGGAUCAUCUGAUCACGCUGUACUUCACCUAUGUCCACCACUAUCUCCCCGUCGUUCAUAAAGCGAGUUUCUUGACUGCAUAUUACGAAAGAAAUCCUCGGGGACAUAGAGAUAUCGAUUCGCCGCGUUCUGGCGGCCGCCGCGAGCCUAUGCAAACGGUCACAAAGUUAUUGCUACUCGCCAUGUUCGCCUUUGCCGCGAGGUAUGCGCCCAACGACUUUGCCGAGGACAAUGAUAAGUUGCGAGCAGGCAACCAGUUCGCAAUUGAUGCUCGGAGACUGCUCAACACUGUAUAUGAAGAUAGCAGACCCUCAAUAUGCCAAGCACUCUUGCUACUGGGCAUACGUGAGCUUGGCAUGGGUGCCGCUGCGCAGGGUUGGUUAUGGAUUGGAAUGGGCUGUCGGAUAGCAAUUGAUCUGGGCAUGAAUCGAGACGCUGACAAGUGGAAGGAUGACCGAGGGAACGACAUCUUUACUCCCGUAGAGAAGCAAAUUCGAAGGCAGAUUUGGUCGUCGUGCUGCAUCGCGGACAAGUAAGCC